AUCUAAGCCGCUGAGCAGCACCCAGCCAUGGCUUUUCUUCGCGGUCCAGGCAGACGCUGCCCUCGCUACCUGCGCUUGGCUCUGUUGCUUCUGGCCUUCUUGGGAUGUCGAUCAAGGGCCUUCAUGGGUCUUCCAUUUGAACGUCCAGCUCCGGCCCUCACGGCCCGAGCUCCGAGCUCCGAGCUAGCGCAGAAUGUGGUGCUGGGAUCCGCCUAUGCCUCCAGCUAUUUGCUAAAAGAAGACCAGAUGGGCUCAAGCCUGCAGGCUGCAUUGCCUGUUUUCGACCAGAUAGGUUUGGUCUUGCUUUUUGCUGCGACGGUGGUGGCUGUCGGAGUGUACAUCAAGCUGAAUCUUUGGGGAGAGAUGGAAAUGAAGUAUUCCAAACAGCUUGCAGCCUGGGCAAUGCGGAUUCCAAUGGAGCAAUCCGCCAAAGCUGAAGGAGCCGCAGAGCAAUUGUCUGCCAUCUUGACUGGAUUCUUCUUGGCGCUUAUUGCAGGACUCACCUCAUUCACCUUCGGUCUCCUGGCAGACCUGGUCGUGGAACUCCUUCCGAUCCUGGCGCUCUUGGUUCCAUUGGGCUUGACGCUGGGGACCUGGACGUUGCAGUGGCAGCCAUCCUACCUGGCGCCGCUGGGGCGUGCCGGUUUUUUUCUCGGCCUCCAUGGCCUUUGCAGCCUCCUGCGCUUCAUGCGGUCAUAUAGUGAGGAUGCCGAUUGAGAUCACCUUGUGGCGUGCAGAGUUCAUGGACGUUUGUAUUGCUUG